UGUUGUAAACCCACAACCCUCUCAUAAGGACACCCACACCUCCACCAACACACACACAAAAAAAAAGCAGUCUACUUUUUUUGAUCAAUCACAUAUUUCUGAUCAUUUUUGUGUUUCUUGAUUCGAUCUCUGUUCUGGGUGUGGAGUUCUGUUGAAUCUUUGAAGGAUCACAUACAAAAAGAUCAUAAAAAUGGCUUCAUAUGGUGGAACAACACAAAAGUGUAAGGCUUGUGAGAAGACUGUGUACUUGGUUGAUGAACUCACUGUUGAUAAUAAGGUUUAUCACAGGGCUUGUUUCAGAUGCCACCAUUGCAAGGGUACCCUUAAGUUGAGUAAUUACAGCUCUUUUGAAGGAGUGUUGUAUUGCCAACCGCACUUUGAUCAACUCUUCAAAAUGACCGGCAGUUUGGACAAGAGUUUCGAAGGUGCCCCCAAAACUGCUAGAUCAUAUGAGGGCCAGUCUAACAGCAAAGUAUCGAGUAUGUUUGGUGGGACCCAAGACAAGUGUAUAACUUGCAAGAAAACCGUCUACCCGCUUGAAAAGGUGGGUGUUGACGGAGGUGCAUACCACAAGGCCUGUUUCCGAUGCAGCUAUGGCGGGUGCCACAUAAGCCCGUCAAACUAUGUGACACAUGAACAUCAACUUUACUGUAAGCAUCAUCACGCGCAGCUCUUUAUGGCUAAGGGAGAUUUUAGCAAAUUUGAUAAGCAACAUGAACCGGAGAACGGGGUGACUGAGAACACAACAGAAGAUUGAUAAUUUGAGGUCAGAUUCGACGUGGGAUUUCUGGAAAUCUUGAAAGUAUGCAGAGCAGAGGUUUUGGCAGUCGUUUUGUUAUGUUGUUGAAAGAAGAUGUGUACUUUUUGUCUGCGCGUGUUGAGUGAAUAACUUGUUAUUUCUGAAUAAGUGUGUUUUUGAGUUGUAACCAGUUAUAUAAACGUUUGAGGAUGUUUGGUUCUUGUGAUUAUUUGAGGCUUUGGAGUGAUUUCUUCUGUUA